AUGGAUCGUAGGUUGCAAGAUCGUCUGUCAUACAAUCACUUUUCGAAGCCUCUCGAAGAAUUUCCGGAAAUUCCACCUAUCAUUUCGGCUCUAGAUGGAAGUUCUCUGUAUGAUGAUGGCUGGUCUAGUCUUGUGAAAUUUCUCAUUGCAGUUGAUGAUGUCGCGAAUUUGCGUCGUUACGUUGAUACCCAUGGCACGCGUUUCUUCGGUCCUACAAUAGAGGUGCACGAGUAUGACCCUUACCGGUGGGACCCUUUUGAGAUGGCUGCAAAAAACGGCAGUGUCGAUGCGCUCGCCGCGCUUGUGGAAAUUUAUCAAUCUGACACCAGUCAAAAGGAGUCUAUUCAAGCUCGACUGAGACGCAAGAACAUUCGACUGCUGAACAUCGCCUGCUUCUAUUCCCGAUUCGAGAUGGCGGAUUUUCUACUGAGCUGCGGUCCUCCCAUACAGGCACAUUUGAAUGAUCAAUAUUCCACCGAUUCGCCUCUUCUGUCCGCGGUAAAAGCCCUCGGAACCGGAGAUAAUUCCAGGCGGGGCGAAGUUGAUAAUACCGAGGUUGAAAACUUCGUCUGUCGGCUCCUCGAUAGGGGUGCUUCAGUACCUCAGGCCAACAGUUAUUGCUCCAGCGAGGAUCAAGUCGGUCAUCCAGUCGUUCAUGAGACUGUGCUUGGAAUGGCCGCUUCCCAUGGAAGCUAUGAACUAGCCUCUCGCCUCAUCGCCGAGGGAGCCAAUAUUCACGCCCAGCAAAUAUGGCAUGAGAAUUGGGGAGGCGACGUUGACAAAGUCACUGCCCUGCACAUAGCCAGCGGGUCCUGGAAUUUGGGGUUUAUCAAAGCACUGGUUGAACAUUAUGGCGAUGGUCAACUUUCUGAGGCAGUCACUAUAGCUGACAGUGAAGGACGGUUACCACUCCACUGGGCGCUGUCUGGCCUUCGGUCCUCUUAA